CCUUCCCCUCCAGCUAGCGGGGGAGCUGCCGCCGCUUACGGAGGAGGCGGCAGCAGUAGCAGCGGUUCGUGCCUAGCUAGCUGGGGGAGGCAGGCAAGGAGGCUCCAUGCAGGCGGGCAGCCCUCAGAUUAUUGCAAACCGAAUGCCCUUUGUGGAUAAAAGAUGUAUCAUGGAAUGAACCCGAGCAGCGGGGAUCCGUUCCUAGAGAAGCAGCAGCAGCAGUCCCCGGCCCCCCGGAGACUCUUCGUGGUGGUCUUGUGGCUUCAGCUGGCUCUGUGUUUUGGCCCUGCACAGAUCACAGGCGGAUUUGAUGACCCCCAUGCUUGUGCUGAUCCUGGAGUCCUUGAACAUGGAUACAAGACACCCAGUGCAGGUGUUUUCUUUGAAAGUGCUGUAGUCCGGCUUCACUGUCAAGAAGGAUACAGGCUUAAGGGUCCUUCGAAAAAGAUUUGUGUGAGACAUUUUAAUGGCUCCUUGAGCUGGAAACCAAGCGAUAAACCUGUGUGCCUACAAGAAGUCACAGAUUGCCUUGCUCCACAUGUUGAAGAUGCAGAGGUUCAUAACAAGACAUACAGGACUGGAGAUAAGUUAAUAAUCAGUUGUCAUGAAGGAUUCCAGAUCCGUUACCCUGACUUAGACAACAUGGUUUCAAUAUGUCAAGAUGAUGGAAUGUGGGAUAAUCUGCCCACUUGUCAAGGUUGCCUGAGGCCAUUGCUUCUUCCUCAUAGUCACAUUAACAUAUCUGAGUUCGAGUCCUCCUUCCCAGUAGGAACAGUGGUAUAUUAUCAGUGCUUUCCUGGAUAUAAACUAAAGGGGACAGAGCUGCUUGAGUGCAUGUAUAACCUUAUCUGGUCACAUAGCUCACCUAGAUGCCUUGAUGUGGAAGUUUGUCCACUACCUCCAGUGGUGAUUCAUGGAGAUUAUAUUUGCCAUCCGCGGCCUUGUGAGCAUUAUAACCAUGGAACUGUGGUUGAAUUCUAUUGUGAUCCUGGUUACACGCUUACCAAUGACUACAAAUACAUCACCUGCCAAAAAGGAGAAUGGUUUCCCUCAGCUCAAGUAUACUGUGUCAGAACAGAACAAACGUGGCCAAAUACACAGGAAACCCUCCUGACUACAUGGAAAAUAGUGGCAUUUACUGCUACCAGUGUUCUACUGGUACUUCUAUUGGUUAUUCUAGCCAGGAUGUUCCAGACCAAAUUUAAGACGCAUUUCCUUCCAAGAGGUGCCCAGGAGAGUUCCACCAGUGACCCCAACUUCGUAGUAGUGGAUGGUGUUCCUGUCAUGCUGCCUUCCUAUGAUGAAGCUGUGAGCAGUGGUUUGAAUUCCUUGGCACCAGGAUACUCAUCUCCUGCAGGCCAGGGGCAUGUUUUGCAGACAGAAGAUCAGAACCCUCCAGCUUAUCCCGGCCCAGGAGAUACAGACACAUUACCUGCUGAAUUUGAGAGCUGUGAUAGCAUAUCAGGCUCCUCCGAACUUCUCCAAAGUUUAUAUUCAUCUUCUGUGUGCCAAAUGGGUGUGCAUCCUAUUUCAGAUAGAACUGAGGUGAUCAAUAGCACCACUGGGGAGGCUGCAUCCACAAGCCCAAGUAUCGAUAUUGCAGAUGAAAUUCCAUUGAUGGAAGAAGACCCUUAACCAGCACAAAAUUUUUUCAUUAUAUGAUCGCACUAGGCAAAAUGAAUCAUGCACAUAUAUAUACAUACAGGUAAAGAGAUAAAAAGACUAUUUAAAGAUUUUUCCUAUUUUUUGAUCUUCCGUUUGAUGUCACCAGAUUGUGUGCACAUCUUAAUCAACUGUGUGGUUAGCAGCAUGAGCAAUUGAACAGCAGGUUUGUGAAAUGAAUCCUGGCGGUUUGAUGAGACCAUUUGUUUAAAAAAAAAAAA